CAGCAGAAGACCGUCAGAGCAGCCGUAGGUGCGUGCGGACUCCAAUCCGGCUGGUAGCGGUAAUUCACCACAAGCUGCUGGUUCGCCAGCUGCCGAAGAAAACCUGAGCAGAGACCAUGUGGUGCAUGCUUCCUGAUACACGCGGAUCCUAAUGAAAUGCGUAUAGAGCACGUUUAGCGGAUAUUAUGCGCGUGGAUGGAGAAGAUGAAAUGAGAGAAUAACCAAGAAGAUCGUGUUUACAACUGCCACCCGUACAAAAUGAGCCCAAGAGAAGAUGCUCCUGCAGACCGUGGCUUCUUCGUCGGGAUCAUAUUCUUCAUCCUUGGCCUGGGAACGCUGUUGCCAUGGAACUUCUUCAUGACGGCAUCUAUGUAUUUCAACAACAGACUCAACACGUCUGAAUGGAGUAAUGGAACAAUAACCACCAGGAAGGAGUAUUAUUUUGAUAACUGGAUGACUCUGCUGUCCCAGCUGCCUUUGCUGCUGUUCACUUUCCUCAACUCCUUUCUCUAUGAUUGGAUCUCAGAGAAGGUGAGGAUAGCAGGCAGUCUGGUCUUCAUCCUCAUCCUCUUCGUCCUCACUGCUGUGCUGGUGAAGAUCUCGAUGGAGGAGGACCGCUUCUUCUCCGUCACCAUGGCCACUGUCUGGUUCAUCAAUUCGUUCGGGGCCGUGUUACAGGGAAGUCUGUUUGGUUUGGUGGGAUUGUUGCCGCAGAGGUACAGUGCCAUCUUUAUGAGCGGACAGGGGCUCGGUGGGACAUUUGCAGCUCUUGCAAUGAUCUUCGCCAUCGCAAGUGAAGCUGAUAGUGAGUCUGCAGCUCUGGGUUAUUUCAUCACUCCGUGUGUCGGGACCCUAGUCACACUCUUCAGUUACAUGCUGCUCCCAAAACUGGAGUUUGCUAGGUUUUACCUGGACCGCAAAAGCAAGAGUUACGAGCUUGAGACGUCCAGCCGGCUGCUGCCUACAGGUGACUCUGUCCCUCCAGGUGAUGUUGAAGGCUGUGAGAAGACCAGUGAUCUGUCUGUUGGCUCUGUGGCGAACGGGAAUCCUAAUAAAGGUGAUAGCAGUGUGAUCGAAGAGGAGGGGGUCAGACAGGCCUUCAUCCCACUGCAGUCAGAAAACAAGUCAACACAGAAGAGCUCCAUCCUGGAAGUCUUCAAAAAGAUUUGGCUUAUGGCGUUUUGUGUGACGUUUGUAUUCACAGUUACACUGUCAGUUUUCCCUGCUGUUAUUGUGGAUGUGAAAACUGUGUAUGGAGGAAAAUGGGAACGAUACUUCAUUCCUAUUUUUUGUUUUCUCUUGUUUAACGUGAUGGACUUUACUGGCAGAACUGUCACGAUAUUAUUGAAGUGGCCGUCUAAAGACAGUCGGUUGUUCCCGCUGCUGGUGGUCUGUCGAGUGGUCUUCGUCCCGCUGCUCAUGAUGUGUAACGUACAGGAGAGACACUACAUGCCUGUGCUCUUCUCCAAUGACAUCGUGUUUGCUACCAUCAUGUUGUUUUUCUCUGUGUCCAGCGGAUACUUUGUGUGUCUGUCCAUGACCUACGCACCACAGCUUGUGGAGCCUAAAGAUGCUGAGACGGCCGGUGCGUUGAUGACGUUUUUUCUGGCUCUGGGUCUGUCGUUGGGAGCAGCGUUGUCGUUUCCUCUGCGUUUGCUGGCCUGACCUCAUCUUCUCACUCUCACUCCUGAAUCCUCGGCUCUCAGGCUCCUGCAGCGGCGCUCGGAGUCAGUCUCAUCUCUUACUGUUCACACACAUCAGACACAGUCAUGAAGGGAAGCAGCGACAUUACGCCAGUUUAUUUGGCAGCUAAAAAACAUGAUGUACAGAAUCACCAUGCUGUCAUAAAGGGAGAAAUGAAUCAAACAAACUAUAAAGAAGCAUUUUUUGAUUAUUUAAACCUAGAUUUGUACUGUGUUUUACUCUUAGCAUUAAACAUAUAUACAGUAUACGUACACACACACACACACAUAUAUAUAUAUAUACCUAUAUAUAUAUAUAUAUAUAUAUAUAUAUAUAUAUGUGUGUGUGUGUGUAUAUUGAAUGUCAGGACACAGGGAACAACAUAAAGUUUUGAUAAAAUGAAAUGUCAAAAAGCAGGAAAAUAUUGCGUGUUUUUUUUUACUAAUUUCCGUGAACAGGAGAUUUUUACUGGGAAACCCUUGUAUUCAGGAAUUUAAUUUUUGAAGGGAACAUUAUUAUUUACAUUUCUUAUAAUUGUGGAAUAUAUAUUACACAUGUAAAAUGCAGUUAUAUACAUAUCAAAGUUUCUCUGAUUCUGUACUUUUCUAGGUCAACAAAAAAAAAGGGUACGACACCUACAAUAUGUACAAAAUGUCAGAUUUUCUUAGAAAAAUUAGUCGCUUCAGCGUUUCAAAUUAUGCUGAUAAUGGCAAAAAAAACAAAAAAAGCAAGAUAAUGCAUUUAGACUAGAAGACGUGUGGACGGUGAUGCUCAUGACAUCAUCAGUGUUCAAAGAUUGAGGGGGUUAAAGAAAAUGCAUUUAUUAUUAGGGUCCCGCAGGCAGGACAAGAAAACAACAGAACAAUUUUUCAAAACAGAAAAUUAAAGCUUGACUGUGAGACCACAGUUUAUAACCUGGGCUCCAGAGAAAACUUCUGUGAACCAAACCACAAAACAAAACAAGAAAGUGUAUACUCUCAAUUUGACGUUCCUUCCAGUAUGUUUUGUAAAGGAAGGAUGGAAAUGAAAUCAAUCAUCACUUUCAUUCUGUAUAAAGAACUGAUUGGGGCGAUGCAAAGAUGUUCGCCAGAUAAUAUACCGGUAUAUCCAUUUUUUUUUUUUUUUACUUUGUGUGUGUGUGAAAUUACUAUAAAAGCCUGUUUGUUGUCUUUAUAAAAUCAAAUUAUUAUUUGAGUGUCCUUGUGGUCAAUAUAUAUAUAUAUUUUUUUAAUUGAUAACAUUAAAAAGCUUCCUGAGGUACGUCUUUGUCCCUUACAGAGGUUUCUUUUCUGGCCUGUAUCACAGUCCAAUGUAAGUUCUUGUGAUGAUUGUCAUGAGCUCAUCUCAUGUGGAAACCUGCUUUAGACUGCUGUGACCUUUCAUUUCACUCAUGCAUAUGGAGUAUUAAGUUACAUAUUUGUGAUACGUCCUGUAUGCACAUGUUGGGAGUGUACAAAGUGCCAUAUGAAAUUGAGAGGUGAAUUUUUUUUAUAGGACCAAAAUGUUACAGAUCUUUUGAAAACGUUGAUUGUUUUGUAGUGCUUUCAGUGUUGAUUUAGAGUGAUGCUUUUAAUUAUAUAUGAAAUAAACACCUGUUCUAUACAGUAGAA